AUGUACGGAAAGAUUGUUCGGGUUGGUGUUAAGUACUACGUUGUACCACUUCUCCAGGACCAGGGCGGUGGGUUGGACCUAGCUUCCACUGGUAGUCAGAGUUGCCCAGAAAGUGUGGUUCAAGACGAUCCUUACUGGUGGGAAAACACGAUGCAGUUCUACCCAGUUGAUCCGAAGAAAGCUGUGGUUCGUGAAUGGAGUGAUCUCAACAUUGAAUUCCCGGACGCAUACACUAUGGGAUGUCCAGAGAAUAAUGUUUGGACGAUAGUUGGUGAUCUCUCGGUGUAUGAUGAUUCUCAUUACAUAACAGCAGGUGGAGAAAAAGGAAAUCCUCAAUACUACUGA